CUGGUCUGAGUGGGAUUCUUCACACUCUGUUUCCUUCUCAGUGUUGCUGACGUGGGUGAACUGCUUCAGUGUCCGACUGGCCACCAGGAUCCAGGACAUCUUCACUGUGGGGAAGCUGAUGGCGCUCUGCCUCAUCAUCAUCGUUGGCCUCGUCCAGAUCUUCAAGGGGAACUACGAGGCGCUGAGUCCUCAGGUGGCCUUCGCCCUGGACCGAGCGCCGUCAGUCGGGCAGAUCGCACUUGCUUUCCUGCAGGCUUCUUUUGCCUUCAGUGGCUGGAAUUUCCUGAACUAUGUGACUGAGGAGGUGGUUGAACCCAGACGGAAUCUACCUCGUGCCAUCUACAUCUCCAUUCCACUGGUGACCUUUGUGUACACGCUCACCAACAUCGCCUACUUUUCCUCCAUGUCGCCCGAGGAGCUGCUCUCAUCCAAUGCCGUGGCUGUCACGUUUGGAGAGAAGCUGCUGGGGACGUUCUCUGUCGUCAUGCCGAUCUCCGUGGCUCUGUCCACCUUCGGAGGGAUCAAUGGCUACCUGUUCACCUCCUCCAGGUUGUGUUUCUCUGGAGCCAGAGAAGGUCACCUGCCGAGCCUGCUGGCCAUGAUCCACUUCAAAAAGUGCACGCCCAUCCCCGCCCUGCUGGUCUGUUGCCUGGCCACCAUCGUUAUCCUUUGCAUUGGAGAAACUCACAAUCUGAUCAACUACGUGUCCUUCAUCAACUACCUGUCUUAUGGCGUCACUAUCGCGGGGCUGUUGUACUACCGCUGGAAGAAGCCCAACCUGUACCGACCCAUCAAGGUGAACCUGCUGGUUCCGGUCUCUUACCUGAUGUUCUGGGCUUUGCUGCUGGGUUUCAGUCUUUACUCUGAGCCGGUGGUUUGUGGCGUUGGCCUGGUCAUCAUGCUCACCGGCGUACCCGUCUACUUCCUGGGUGUUCAUUGGAAAGAGAAACCAAAGUGUAUCUACAACUUUAUUGAGACGAUGACGUUUAUGGGCCAGAGGUUGUGUUUCGUGGUUUUCCCUCAGAUUGACCCCAGUGAGAUGGUCAACCCAUCAGAACGGACUGACCGCUCAUCCUGCAGGAGCAGUUUGUCUGCACAUUAAGACUUUGACCUAAAGAUGUGAAGAUUUUUGUGUUUUUGUCUUAUGGUUGUAUAUUCCGUCCCUGUCCAGACAUGUGAUCCUGGCUGGAGAAUCGGGUCAAACCUCUGACACUCCGAUUGUCCUGCAGCCCUGUGGAAACGCCUGUUUUUGUGCACAGGCCCCCCCUACUUUUUCUUUGACCAAGUCGUCCAGUACAGCAGCCGGAUGCCAGCUGGGUUUCCCUGUCUGUCUCCUGACGGUUCUGACUAUCAGCUGGUUGAAUGUUUGCGGCGUUCUAUCACACCUUAAGGCCUUUUCAAACCAAGUCCAAAACAGGCAACAGCGGCCUCUAGUGGCCACAGGGACCUUGCAAUUAGCAACAAACCUUAAAACUCACAUGCAAACAAAAGGCCUCCCAGCCUGAACAGGUCCAGACUUCACCAACAUUCUUAUUUAAUGUAUAACAGUAUAAUUGCAGAUUAUUAUGUUGAAAACUGUAAAUACGGCACAAAAUUGGACAUUCACUGAUCCUCACCUGUCAGAAACCAAAAUUUCAGAGCUGAAUAUGCAGUAGUUUUUACGUUACUAACAGAAAUUUUGUAGAGCCAUUCACUGACUGACUCUGACCCACUGACUGACUGACUCAGUUUGUGACUA